AUGAAGGACCGGAGGAGAAAUCUAUUGAUCCUUCUUCCGGUUAUAGUAAGCUUGAAAGCUGACGAAGCUAAAGAGGAUGAAGGCUGUUCCACAGAAGUUGACAGAGGAAAGAAGAAGCUCCAUGAAUCUAUCGAGGAAGACGAUGAUGCACUGGCUGAGUCUGAUCGCCCUUUAAAGAGGCUGCGGCGCAGAGGUGAAGGAGGCUCUGCUUUGACAAGCCCUAGCUUGGGGAGUCCGACUUUAGAGGAGCCUUCGACUUAUGACGAAGAAAAUGCUCCAAUCCUAUUGCCAUAUCAUCCUGUACCAACUAAAAAUGACCAUGAUGCUGGUGAGCUCAUUAUUCCAAAAGUCGAGCCCAUUACAAAUAUGCCUCUCAGUUCUAUUCAUCCUGAUUCAGUAGAGCGAGAGAACUCUUCAGUUCCCAUGCUUGAGAUGGAGAAAACAAAUGGACAUGUGGAAGAGGGGGCUGGUGAAACAGUAAGUACUGCUGAUGGUACUACCAAUGACGUUUCUCCUACAACUGUUGGGAGAUUUAGUGAGCACAAGCUAGCUGCAACCAUAGAAGAACCAUCAGCACUUGAAUUAGCUUCUUCUGCUUCAGGCGAAGUGAAGAUUAAUCUUAGUUUUGCUCCUGCAACUGGAGGAUCAAAUCUAUAUUUACCUUCUAUGGAGGAACUACGAAGAGCAAUGGAGGAGAAGUGUCUUCGAUCGUACAAAAUACUGGACCCCAACUUUUCUGUGCUUGGUUUUAUGAACGACAUCUGUAGCUGCUACAUGGACCUGGCAACAAAGGGGAAAGAUUCAGCUAACCAGUUGCCAAAAAACUUGCCGUUUGUCACAGCAAACAUUGAUGCAUUGAAGAAAUCUGCAGCAAGGAUGGCUUUUACUUCACAGGGCAGUAAUGAUCAUAUGCGUGAUGUUGAAAACGGUGCAGUUGGUGAUUCCAUGGGGCUGAGGUGGCGUGGCGUGAAGGACGGGAAGCUUAAUUGUGGCGCGAAGCAAUUUGCCAUGGCUGAGAUUUCUUCUUCUGCUUCCUCUGUCUGUCACUAG